AUGAACGAAACUGCGUUUGUGGAUGCUUGUGGAGCCUGCGGCGGAAAUGCCAACGUAAGUAGGGAAUUCAUUUGUAUAAACGGGUUUCAUAUCCACACAAGUUCCAUGAGCUUUGUGCUGCAAACCCCCUGAUUUGUAGGUUGUGUACAUUUUGCAUCGACCUGACAGUUAGGUUUGGGCGGGGAACGAUGUUACAAAUGGCUGUGGUCUCAUUUUACCGUUCCUCCGAAAUGUGACUGUAAUAAGGCGUUCAGUGACAACUCAGAACGGCUGUGACUUCUGACGCGACUGUGAUAGUAUUUUAGUGUGUAACGCGUGCGUAAGUUAUCGUCGAACGACCCCAUCACACCCUUCCAAAAACACAUAACAAAGCAAUGCAUUACCCCGACCAAGGCGAGCCACCAUCCAUGCAGAGCGCCAAAACGCUCCAGAACAUAGAAGGCCUGAUAUGCUGACUACUAAGAAGCGGAAGUCAGUAGUGCCGCAUGUUGCGAUGUUGACCACGUCCUGCAACUGCUAUUGCAAAUGUUACUACCUUAUAUUUGAAUGCAUUUUCUCUUUUUCUGAUCCCCCAGAUUUCAAAUUUACCACAUAAUUUGUCAUCUGCUACUGUUUUUUUGCUUUUGUUUUACUCAGCUGAAAGUGCACAUUCUGUUGGUGUUUGAGUUGCAUCUGGUUGCGUUGCGGUACCGCGGCUCUCUUUUAUAGCCGAAACUCAUAGUAUUAAUUACUUGCCAAUAUCGGCUGAUUUUUUCUACGAAGAAGUCUCGACUCAGUCUGCAUCGUUCCCACUCUCCUAGAGGUUAAUUGUAUGAGCAAUACAUUCAUUUUCUGCGCCUUUCGCACAUAAAAUGGCCUGUCACUUUUCAGCUAGUGUUGAGAAACUUUUUGUAAGAGCAAUUGUCUUUGUAUGGGAGAUUUUAUGGUUUUUUAGUUUGACAUUUGCAUUUGCAGUGUAUCCCAUUGUUAGAAAGUUCAGUAUCCUUUGUAUUAUCCACAACGGAGUCGGCCGUCUUACGUGUCCUUUGCGUUGCAAGGGCACUUAGUAGGUAGUAUUUUCGAAAGCACAUUGCAAAAUGCAUGCACAUCUCCGUAUAAGGCAGUAAAUUUUCUAGUAAAAUUUUGAAGCAUUUGUCUAUAGUAACCAGUAUCAACUUUUCGGGUGUUCGGAUAGGCUAGUAAUCGUAGAGCUGUAAAUAGAAUUAAGUAAAGUCUAAAAUAAGGCGAUAUUUCAGAGAGAACACCGACGCGAAGGUAUAAGCCGAACAGCCUUAACGUGGCGCCGCUUAUGACCUAAAUUCACUUUUACGUCUAGCACGUUGGGGAAAUUCGUCUGGUAGGUAUGCGUUUACGGCGCCCUGUCGAUUUUCAAUUGCCUCCACAUCCACGGGCUUAGGUAGCGAUGGCGUUGUACGUCCGCUGACUUUAGAAUGAUGUUUUCUUACCCAUAAAUUAAGCAGUCAUCACCACUCCUAAGUAUACGAGAUGAAGUGGAUCUAGAGGAAAUUUCGAAAUUAAGCCCAGAUAGCAAGUUAAAAAGAAGAUAUGCCAACCAUGUGCUCGUCGUCGACGGACUGCAGAAAGUCCGCGUCCUUCCUUCCUCUCUCCCCUUCCUCUAAGCAGACUACUUUUUCCAUGUAUAAUCCUACCACGGUGCAACGUCUGCAUCCGUGAUAGGCGUUCGUAUUCUUAAUUUGUUUCAUGAAUGUCCGAGCAGAGGCGUCACUGAUUACUGCUCCGACCACAAAGCGUGCUGCUUCUCUCUCGUCCUUGAUGCUCAAUCCUCUUUCCUGUAGACAUCGUAUCUCCUUAACGAGUGAGUUAUGGAAAGCGUGGACGUUAGACGGUUUCCCAUUACCGCAAUAUAUGCCUACUGGAAAAAUGUUACUGACGAACGGCCGCACUAUUACUCCUAAUAUAGGCCACAUUUGGGUUUUGGAUUUUCUGUAAACUGAGAGCCUGUCGAUUGCCAGGUAGACCGCCACCUCAGCCUUCCGCGUUCUGGCAGUACCGUCGCUGCAAGUCAGCGUCCGCUUAUUCGUCAGACGCUAGGACCUGCCUAUUUUGCAGAUUACCUUCAGUCAGGGAUGUUUCAUUAUCCACCCCCUGUGCACGCCCCGGGUGGCGACCAAUUAGGUCAACGGUGAACACGUCUUUCGAGAGAGCCGACCGAGAUGGUCCGGCCACGGGCUACAGCGACUUACUAGCAAACUGGUCUAGGAUAUCGCCUCGUCAGAUCAAAAUCUUCCCGCCUGACGACAGCGUCCAGAUAGCCAAGUGAGUACGCGGAUGAACGUGGUGAGAACUGGCCUCGAGCUCAUUACCACCACUCCGGUCCGUGCAGGUAGCACGCUAAUGGGCUCAGAUUCAGAAUAAGAUGCGACCGCUGGAACAGGAAGUUUGUUUGUCUGACGUUUACCAUUCUCGCUCAAACUCGCCUAUUCGGCUCCAUAGGACUCACCUUCACUCGGAAAUAUGUCUCCGAUUGAUUGAGAUAGAAAACGAUCGUUGGUGGUGUGACAACCUUGCAACACGAUGCCGCCCGACUUAGUUAUAAUCAAUGCUGUUGCAAGCCAAUUUACGUACAGACGGUAAUAUUUUGAAUGAAUAUUGCUAAAUGGGUUUGCUUAUCCUUCAAAGCUUCAAAGGCAAAGCUUUCCAGCCGCAUCUUUGAUCAGAAGAAUGUGUCCUUCAUAAUUAGUGGCUGUCAGCUUGGAGAAGUGGAAAUUUUCACAUACACCAGGAGAAAUUACUGUCAAGUAGACAGAGCAAGGACGACAUGGUCGCCAAAACUGACGUUGCCCCCGCGGAUUUUUCCGGCCGUCAAAGGUGUCUUUGAACUCACUCAAAUAUGUCAAUCGACAAGGUCAGCGUCAGUCCGGUCGGUAUUCCUUGAAGGUUGUUAUUGCUGGACUCUGCGCGUAGAUGACCAGCAAAAGUUGACGGAUUUUGACUGCUGCCGCCUGAGAACGAUCUUUCGGCUGAGGUACACAGACUUUUUCCUUAAUGAAACAGUCCGCCCUCUGUGACAUGUUCACAUCGCGACCAUCGUCUCCUACGAUGUCCACCGUGGCCUACUCCAUCAAGCAUGACCAAAGCCGUAUAAAAAACAAGUAGGCUUCGUACCGUCAUGGUAGUUUGUUCGUCAUGCCCAACAUGAAUCACGCCUGCCUUACGUGGACGGUGGUUAAUGCCUGACCACCGUUUUCUCCGUGUCAAUGGUCAUCCCGGAGUUGGCACAAUCGGAGACAAAGAGGACCAUGUUCCGUCGAAUGUCCACUUCCGUCGCUGUGUUAUGGGCGCAAUCGUCCGCGAAGAGCUGAUCGUGGACAGUAGCCGUGGAGAGACAUGUUGGAGCCUGCUUGAUUCGACCCAUGAGAAGAUGGUUGUCGAUCCUUUAGGCGAUGCGGGCCCCUAGGCGCCUAUCAUGGUAGGCGUAUAUCAGCAUGGCAUAGGGUGUGGGGCUGAAGAGAGUGGGCGCGAGGACGCAGUCCUGUUUCACCCCAUUGGUCACUGCGAAUGCUUCUAAGACAGCCCAAUCGCACGUGACGGGCGCCAUCACCUCGUCGUGCAGCUGAUGCACCAUGUCCGUGAAUAGUUUAGGAAAGCCGAAUUUGUGGAUGAAUUUCUAGUAUGCAUCGUGGUUCCUGUGUCGAAGUAUUUCUCCAGGUCGACAAAGGUAGAGUAGAGAUGGAUCCGCAUCUCGUGACAUUUAUUCUGUAGUUGGCGAGCGGCAAAGAUCAUGCCGAGGGCACCUCGAUGACGGUGGAAGCCGCAUAUGCUUUCCGACGAGAGUCCUUGUUCCAGAUGGUUAUUGAGACGGUAGGGAAGGAUGCGAGCGAAGAUCAUUCCGGCGAUGUUGUGGAGGCAAAGGCCUCUGCGUUUGUCGCAGAGUUGGCGGUUCCCUUUCUGCUUGUAGAGGUUGACGAUUGCGGCGUCCUUGCAAAGCUGAGGGACUUCCCCUUUGACGCCGCAUCUCCUGGAAGAGCGUUGUCAGGUGAUUCCUAAAUUGGGGGCCGCCGUGCUUGUAGAUCUCGACAGGGAUCGCGUCUGCUCCGAGCGCCUUGCCGCUGGAGAGUUGCUACACGGCCCGGAUGGUUUUCGUGGAGAGAGGGUGGGAGAUAGAGAUUGGUGUUGAUCUGCACUUGAAGCAGACGGGAGAUGGUGGAGGGGCGGUUGAGGACGCCUAUGAAGUGUUCGGCCCAUCGCUGUAGAAUUUACGUCUUUUCAUUGAGUAAAGUGGUUCCGUUGGAGCUGAGAAGAGGAACGAUUGCUUUGGCUGUGGGACCAUAGACAGCCUUGAUGGCAGCGAAUACGUUUUUCCACUGCUUGCGGUUCGCGUAUCCCUGGAUCUCCUCGACCUCGCGAGCCGUCCAAGUGUCCUGCACUUCCCACAAACGCUGUCGCAAAAGGCGGCAUCUACGGUAGAAGGCUGCUUUGUUGUCGUCGGUUGUGUGGUUGACGUAGGUGCUAUCACCAGUCACACGCGGGAUGAGGACCGUGAGUCGGAUUUCGUGAGCACGCAGAUACUUGCGCUCGGACCCAACAAGACGGAGCGAGAAGUGUUGGAGGUAGUUUGUCUGACUCGCAGAGACAGUGACUUACGCGUACAUUGGUUUCUAAUGACUUCUGACUUUCAAAGCAUCCACAUCGUUCUCUCCUCUCUCAAUUAUACCUGGUGUCACGAUAGGCAAAAGACCAAAGGCAAGAGAGGGCGUUGACGACUAACGUGGCGUGAACUUGCAGCUAAACUUGCCACCAUACCGGCUCGGAUCUCUGCCCCUGAUGACCGAGGCUUAGGCAUCCUUGUACCUAUCCUCAAGAAGGGAGAUAAGACAAGAUGCGAGAACUACCGCGGCAUAUGCCUCAUCAACGUUGCUGUGAAGAUCUUCGCUACUGUCCUACUCAGGCGAUUCCAAACUGUGCGUGAUUCUAGGACAAGGCCAAACCGAGUCGGAUUCCGCGCUGGACGUGGAUGUGCGGACCAGUUAUUUACACUGAGGGGCAUUCUUAAAUUUUGUUAUUACUACCAACAACCGACGGUCGUCUGCCUUGUUGACUUUGCCACCACGUUCGAUUCCGCCCAUUUUGAGUCCCUGUGGCACUAGAUGGUGUACCGCCAAAAAUCCUCGCCAUGAUCAAGGUCUAUUAACGCGCCACCACCACUCCAGUUCUGAUCCAUAACAAUCCCAACCGUUCGGUAUUCGGUCUGGCGUCCGACAAGGCUGUAUCCUGUUGCCAAUUCUGUCCAACUACGCUAUUGAAUGGAUUCUCGGGAGGGUCCUACACGAAGGUGAGGGUGUUGAAUUUGCACCCGGACACCGACUGACUGAUCCAGACUAUGCCGAGGAUUUUGCCUUACUUGCUUCAAGUAUUGGUGAUCUGCAGUCUAUGGUGUCACGGGUGAACGAGGUUGCUAAAUCGGCCGGUUUAUCUAUAAACGCCGCGAAGACUUAAGUGUUUUUAAGCUGCAUCCCUGACCAGGAGAAGGCACCCCUCGGGAUUGAUGGCUGUCAACUUGAAGAAGUAGACAGUUUUACAUACCUCGAGGCGAGGCUGUGCCUAAUGGACAGAGUAAGGAGGACACUGUCUCCCGAAUUGAUGCUGUCCGAUGGGUUUUCUCAAGCAUGCGAAAAUACAUAUGCAUCCGACGUGACCUCUCCAUCGCCACUAAGAUUCGCGUGUACCGUGCAUCUGUCCGGUCUGUCCUUCUCUACGGUUGUGAAUGCUGGGCUUUGCGCGUGGAGAACGAGCGAAAACAGGAGGUACUUGACCACCACUGCUUGAGGAUCAUCCUUCGAUUGAAGUACACCGACUUCUUCUCAACCGAGACAGCCAUCGCUCGCUGCGACAAUAUCUCAAGGAUAACUCAGGCCAUCCAGCAAAGACGACUGAGGUGGUUUGGGCAUGUUCUUCGUCGUCCACCUCAGGAGUUCAGUGUGACUGCCUUCGACCCGGCAUCGUUACGCUACUGGAGGCGCCGAAGAGGGGGUCAACUCAAAACCUGGCUCGAUACAAUUUGUCAGGAUGCGGAGAUGGUUCUUGGUCCUUCGGUAUUUUGUCUCCGUCGUUGGCGAAGAGAAUGGGUUGAAUUGUCCAGAUCUGCUGCUGCGGAUCGUCACGCGUGGAGAGGUAUAGUUUGGGACAUUAUCGAGGCCGGCUAGAGUAAGCAUGAUCGCAGCUGUGCCAAGUAAAAGUAACCUCGUCUGAUUUGACCUGCAAGUCGAGGCGUUUGCGGGGAUGUGGCCGCUACGUACAGCCUAGCUUCGUUGAACUACAGGUGAGAGUUUGGUGCCAGUUAAGGACCAUGAGGAGCAUUCACCAUUUGCAUGAUACGACCAACCACCCGUGAACGGGCGCUCCCUAUUUAUACAUCCCUACACCCCUUGUGACAUGCUAGAAAUGAUCUCAGUGGCUAUCUAAGAAGGACGAAUGAGGCGCAUUAAGAACGUUCUUCGUCGGCCUUCCAUACUUACGGUGCUACUGCACCAACUAAGACACCGCUACCUGUGGACGAUGAAGAACAAGACUGCUAAAAUGCCGACUCCACGUAUUCGGUCCACUUCGCUGGGAAAGAGAGGGAGUCAGGCUCUCCAAAUUUUCUGCCGAUGAGUGUCGUGCUUAAGCAAACCAAAUCUGCGACGUCCUUGAAACCGACUUCAUCAGGCAUGACUGAAUCCUUACGAGGAACGGAUAAGUAAGCAUCGUGCCGUCAUGGUGGUCUUCCGUCAUACUCAACGAGAAUCACCGUUGCCUUACAAGACAGCGGUGACCAGCGCGUGAAUCAAUUUAUAGUUCUGCGUGUUCACGCACUAUUGGUCCUAUUGUUUUCCGCACCCAUUGAGUUCCGAUGCUAAGGUCGAGCCGACUAAAGUUUGUGGGCGCUCAAUGGUUGGUGUGGCAUUGAUGUCCUACGCGCGCCACGUUAACCAGCCUUCGACAGUUCGGAUCCCUCAUAGAUGACAGUUGCCAUGACCCAUAUAUGGAAGCUGACAUCGUGACUAGAUCCUAAAUUUACAGGAACAUCUGGCAUUAAGCAUUGUGGCUUUCAAAAGUGUAUAAGACUUAUAAUCAUAGAGAUGGUUGUGGGUGUUGGUUAUGAAUCGCCCAAGUUCUGCUCCCGCUUGUACCAUUUGAAAACCAAUCUUGCCAACGUAGCACAUAACGGUCCUUUUUCGCGCUCCACACGUGUUUAACACUCACUUAAUUUUGGAGCAAUAAUUCUGCUCUUUCAGGGGAUCUGUGGUGUCACAUCGAAGGGGCAUGUCAUGCAGUUUUCGUAAUGUUCAUAAUGUAGGUGUCGUAAUGUGGAUUUCUUGCUGAUGGACUCUUGUGGUUCAUUUUAUGCUGCUUUAUAAACUAAGGGGCGAGUAUUCGCCCAAUUAUUUUUAUUCCCGUGUUCCCUGCUACUCUUACAAAACACAAACAACAUAAGAACGUUUCGUUCGUGCUCAUAUUUUUUGUCCACUUGUUCGACUUAGAAAUGGACGCAUAUGCCCGCGUCAAAGUUGGAAAGUUGAACCUCAAAGGUCAUCCAGAUCCGCCGCGUAAACGGAAAAGGUCCUCAAAGGCGAAUGUGCCAGACACAAAAGUUGCUAAAGACGAUUUUACCAAAGAUCUGGCAGCGCACGACGGUUGGUGGAUCAUCUCGAAGUUCUCCGACGUAAUUGGUCCCGUUGCAGUGCAGCUGACCCGACCUCAGGGCGAAUCAGAAAAAGGCAGUGACGACAAGGCCCUCCUGUGCCCAGCCUACUAUCUCUUUGCUACAGACGAUGGCUUCAUUGAUCUUGGUCCGCCCAGGAAGGAGGGUGAACCUCCGGCCCCGGAGGAAAUUUUCACGGCUGUGAAAGUAUCAGACACUAAGGUGGCCUUCAAAACAGGGCAAGUGCACCAUAUCAUCUUCCUGUGCAAUGCCCUGUUCUUUCCUUUAGCUGCCGAUACCUGAGGGGAAGUUGCCGCGUAUAGAGCCCGUCUGAUCGAAACCGGCGCAUCAUUAAGAACGAAAAGAAACGAGUGGCCGACCAUUUCAUGUAAAUUAAAUGAACGAAUAUUAACCAUGUUUUUAGACGAAGUUAGAUGAGUCUCACUGAAUAAUGCUCAGAUGGUCUUCGUCUCGUCGUUCUGAUUACAAGUCCUUGGGCCUGACAUGAUUUCAAAAACCACUUUGCUUGCCAACGUCUCAGUCCUAAGUCUGGACUGGUAGACUUAGCCGUCAAAAGCCCGUUUGCGUGUUUCGGAGAUGGUGGAGGGGCGGUUGAGGACGCCUAUGAAGUGCCCGGUCCACUGCUGUAGAAUUUACGUCAUCUCAGUGCGUAGAGUGGUUCCGUCGGAGCUGAGAAGAGGAGCGAUUCCUUUGGCUUUGGGACCAUAGACAGCUGUGGCGUUUAAGUUUUUCCACUGCUUGCGGUCCGCGUACCCCUGGAUCUCCUAGACCUCGCGAGCCGUCCAGGUUCCCAGAACGUUCACUGACGUCAUGGGAAGAUGGGGGACGGUUGGUGGGGCAGUUGAGAUUUGCGAGUUUCGCGUUUGGCAGCCAGUCUUCUGUCCCGCAUGCUUGCUGGACUGCGUGAGCACCAGGAGAAUUGACGCACACGCGCAAAUUCCUGACGUAGUCGACCUACUGGUGAGUUUACUUUGUAGUGGCAUCAACACCACCGUCGAGUGCUACUGCGACUGCAAUUCCCUACCAAGUCCAUAAACGGGUACGUUUUAGAAGGCCCAACCGCAUGCAUACAACACGGGCAUAGCCUGUACAACUUAGCCGGGACGGUCAUUCUCGUAAGAUAAGUACGCAGCAGCCGGCCGAGUAGUCCUGACGAUGAGACAACGAAGACGUGGGAAAUAUAACGGCGAACAACAGCAACAGCAGCCACCUCCGACAAUGCCUCCGUCGCCGUCUCCUCUACGCUGCCCGCAACUUCGCUGGGCGCCACCGGCCGGUAUCCACUCCUCCAGGUCAAAAAGAGUAUCCAGUUCACCUGGCAGCCAUGUACACGGUCUGUAUACCCAGCGGGAGCUCAAACACAUCCGCUGACAGGGAAUCAGAGAACUGCUGGCGCACACCAGGCUGCGAGGGCCAUGUUUUGUUGAAGCGUGGCAUAGCAUAUGCACACAGUCCUUAAGGCCCAUCAGGGUGAAACAGAGAGAGUCCUGCAUUUAUCCUGGGUCCAUCACCCUUCAAAGGCGGGUAAUCAUUCAGUCAUCGACUGAGAGGCACAACCCACACCUGUCGACCACUCUACGUACACGCACACAAGACCGACUACGGGUCUGGGCUGUACCGUCAGUUGGCAAGCCCCAAAGCCACGAUGUUCACCGUUUCAUGGUAGUUUCAAGCACGUCCGAUUUAUUAUAAUGAGGAAUGCACUGAAGUACCAUGGGGAUGAAAUCCCAGAGUCGGCAUCACUCCCUUCCCUCUCCCGUGAACCAAUCGAUUGUCCGAACCGGUCAACCACCUAAUGCCGAGAUUGGUAGAGGUGUUUGAGCGAGCUUAAAGAGUUUGUCUACGUGCGCCUUACGCAACUUUGCAUCCCUCAAAACACACCAAGUUUUCAAACAUAGGGGGGUGAGCUGCUAAGAUCUCACAUACAUUAAAACACUAUGGGCAGUUGAAGUGGGUGCUCCCGGCACCGUUUUACUAGUCACAGUUCGAUGGAUCUGCAGGUGACUGACCAGGCCGUUGCUUGAAAUAGAAUCAUAGACUGCCGUUUAAUCCUUCACGUGAUCAAUUUCCGCUAGGUGCUUUUCAGUACCUUAUUUCCUAUCCUCAAUAUUUGUUCGCAGUCGAAGAAGUCACCAAAUUAAUCGGGUCAUUAAGUCCCGCUUGCUUCGCUAUGUUCGCCUUGUUCACAUAAUUUUAUCAUUGCUUUGGGAGAUGGUAACGAUAAGAAUAACGAUUGCUGACUAUUUGGCAAUGUUCCAACCGACAGGCAUAUGAGGUCGAUAUAGAGGGAUGAUACUAUGGUAGGGGGCGCUCACCGAUCGUUCUUACGGAACUCACUCGUCCCGUUGUGCCUUAUGGACUCUCUCUCUCGAGCCCAAUCAGCAGCCGCACAGCGGCGCAUGGUAUAGGCAGAAUGGCAUUAUCGACAAAAACAAGGGAGACUGGAAUGGCCAUUUCUGGCUUAUUAGCCGUCGUCAGUCAGUCAUACCCAAACCCAAAGUGUGACACACACGAGGCUCGAACUCGCAGCCUGUUAGUUAGAAGUCCACGCCUCUAACCACUGAGCCACGAGCCCGUUACCCUGUUGGUUUCCAUCGGGAAUAUACAAUGGUAGGAGGGCGUUCACCGAUCGUUCUUACGGAACUCACUCCUUCCGUUGGGAUGAUACUGGGAAGAAUGGUCAUAGUAGUGCUGGUGGCACCGGCGGCAUCAACGAUCUACAUUUUUCCACAGUCAGAUUUUUUACCCAUAACCGAUAUUCGCGUUCUGUUUUUCUGUCUCUCACAAUGUCGGAACACGCGAGAAUUUUUUUGACUGUUACUUUAGUAAAAAUCACAUUUUGGUGGAAUUCGCCGUUCUAUCCCGCUUGCAGGGUGGCAUACGAUCUCCCGGCUUAGAAUUGUCUGAUAAUAUGUGUUAGUUAGCAGUGCUUCCCUACAAUAAAAUAUUGACGCCUCUUAACUGACAUAACUAUUAUUCUUGUAUGUUAUCAUACCAUAGGUACGGAAAGUAUUUGACCACGGACACAAAUGCCGGUGGGGUGGUGACAGCUGCCGCAGACGCGGUGGGCCCUAGAGAACAGUUUGAGCCAGUUUUUCAGGACAAUCAGUCUGCCCUUCUCGGUUUCAACAAUUGUUUCCUGUCUGUUGAUCCGACCAAUGACCGAGCUGUCUGCCGCGCCUCCAAAGCUGGGCCUACGGAGAUGCUUGCGGUGACCAGAUUUCUUAGUUUCUUUUUUAUGUUUUCUCGUCUUUGUCGUGGUGGGGUUCCCACCUUCACAUCGGUGCUGUUUAGCUUCGGUUCUGAACUGCUCUCGCAGCCCAAUAUGCCGCCACAGAAGGCGUCCUCCAGUAUGUUGUGGCACAAAAUGCCUGCCCUCGGUAUCUGUCAUCCCGUGCUUGCGCGAACAUUUUUUCUGCGUUUCUACGUUCCAGAUAGACGCGUCAAGCGGACACCCUCAAAUUUCCUCCUUUAACCGGGACCAUAGUGAAACUUGAAGGUGCAAACUGCCGCGGGACAACUGUCGAGUCAGAUGUGGUUAUGUAGCCGCAUCUGAGGUAAACAAUCCCCAACCGUAAAUACGGGACCAGGUGAGGCCGGGGAACGCACAGGCGACGAGAUCAAGUGUUGGGAAUGCGCGAUUGUACUUUGAGAGGUUGAGGACUAGUUGCCCUAACUCUAACCCUAACCAUAACGUCUGGCCCUAACCCUUAACCACAGCCCUAAACCCUCACCCUGGAAAAUCCAACGCGGAAGUUAGAAGGAGACGACAGGCCGAAAGUUAAGAAGGAUCACCGGCAUCGAGCCGAAAAUGGUAUACACGGCAACAAAGAAACAAGGCCACCAACAGAACACACAGCGACACCAUGCCAACGUAAUCGCACCAACCCAAAAUAAUGAAUUAGGUCAUCAGUAUUGUGACCAUCAGGUGCGGCUACAUAAUCAACUUACCGUCCCCGGUACUGUGGUGGGCGUCGUCGCGUGCGACGGUCGAAAUGUCGUCUUAACUGCGAAGUAUUUGACCACUCGGGCGUCUGAAACGUUAAGAUGCCAGGCAAUUUAGUGACACGCGGAGGCCCAUCCCUCAGACAGCCAUAUACGCGCUCCACAAAAGAAUAUUAGUCGGCUGUUGAGGUCAUGUUCCUUUUCCACCUGCUCCCACACGGAGGCGAAAUCCGUCGCUCAUGCUAUGACGUACAUGUGUUCGCUUGCUUUUUCGAUUAACAAGGAUCCUGGUUUGGGUGAGUGGCACCGUAAAGCAGUACAGCGGAUACUCUGGUUAAUCGUUGUCCGGCUGACGUUUCACUCCUAAAUACUUAUUUUAAUUAACAGUACAACUCUGGCUGUCACGUAGUUCGUUUUUCACAAGUGCUUAUCGCGGGUAUUUUGUUCUUCUUCUUACAGAUACGUUGUAAUCGCGAACUCUCUCAUGAUCCCCUCAUGGACAUGCCUGAAGAAGAACGCAGUGGUGUCAGAAAAGCUGAAUACAAUUACGUGUACGUUCCCCAUUGGUCUCUUGUCAUGCUUUUCAAAUUUCCGAAUCUUCUCUUGGUUUUCAACCCAGAAGCUGGCGAACUGCGUGGUUAAAGAUUUUUCGGCGGGCAGUCGGAUGACAAAAUGCGGACGAGUAGGUGAUUGCUUCACAUUCUCGAAACAAAAGUUCUAAUGAGUCAAUAGAAGCGAAGAGACCAGUCCCAGGAAGCAGUCUUGAAGAAGGAAACGCGAUCGCUGGGACAAGAGCUUUAUUAGCCUGCUGAUAGGUUCGAGCAGGAAUCCGAAACGUCAGGCUAAUAAAGCUCUCGUCCCAGCGAUCGUGUCUCCUUCUUCAAUUCUCAUAAGUGGAAGCAAAUAAGCUAAUGUCGGGUUCUUGUUGGGAAGACGAUGAAGACCUAAUCAAGCUGCCGAACUCGUGCAGUGGUCCACCAACAGACACUGAGUGCAGGAAAUGAGCACUUUUGUAGUCGAACAGUGAGAGCGGAGGGGUAGCGCCUGUGACUAGGUCGGGGGCGUGCCGCCUAACUCACAGUGGUCUCACGGCACGCGUCCUUGACGGAUAAAUUGGCCGCGCCACCCGGCUGCAUGGGCGUAGUGCGCGAUAGCUGGGGCUUCGGACGAUGUGUGUUAAUGGAGUUAAUGCCAGACACCCACGCCUCCAGCAGUUCCCCCCUCAUCUUGUCGCCGGCUCGCGCCAGUAUCCGCGUGCUCGCAAAGUCAAACUCUUGACCUUCCUCCAACUUGUAAGUAGCGACUUUAAAUUAUGAAGCGCUGGCUGGCCACUUUAGAAGUGUCCACAAUCGCCCAUCAACCAUCACUGCCGCCGCCGCCGCCAUCAACAUUGACCUGGAUCUCUCACCCUCCCAAAAACCAUCGCUGCCAUGUAACAGCGGUAAAGCCAUAGACUUCGAUGCGAUUCCAGCUGAAUUCUAUAAGCACGCAGCCACCAACUGACGGAUCACUUUACAGCGCACUUCCGGAGGUGUCGCGAUGAAAACAUGUCCCUCAGAAUUUCCGGACACUACAGUUGCACAUCCCUACAAGCGCAAAGAGAACCAACCACAGAGGUAUCUCGCUGCUCAACAUCAUCGGGAAGAUCUUCGUUCGCCUUCUCCUCAAUCAUCUCAACGGAAAUCCCGAACAGGGACGUCUGCCGGAAAGUGCGGAUUCUGACGCCAUCACGGAACCGCUGACAUGAUCUUCGCCACUCGUCAGCUACAAAAGAAGUGUCAGGAGAUGCUAACCCACCUCUGAAAGUACGCAGGCAGUGAGGGCAGUUGAGGCAGAUGCGGCGAGUGUGGUUGGGUGCUCGAGGCACUGGUUCGCCAAUCUCUGUGCGAUGGAUUCGCAAGUAACCUACCAGACCGAUGUGUGAGGUGAAAGUGCGGUCGGAAUGAGGACAGGUAUGGACCGACUCUGACACCGCCGACUUUUCCUGUCCCGACUGUCCCCGUAAACUCACCUCACACAUCGACCCGGUCCGUCACUUCCGAAUCCAUUGCACAGAAACUGGCUAACCACUGCCUGAAAUGUCAACAUAUGCCCGUCGCUAUAGCCUCAACUGUCCGCGCUGUUCUCUCACACCCAGCCGCCGCAUGUACCUACUUUGCCACCUGCGUCUCCACAAGAAUCUGCGGGAAAUCGCCGUAGACUAGACCAAAUCACCGCACAUUUCCCCAUCAGCACAUGAACGCCUCCAGCAUCACAUUAUGAAGGCACUUCUCACGUAAAUGAGAAAUGCGUUCUCCGGCAGCUUUCUCCACGUGGCCUCUCUGCUAUAUGUGAGAUCCGAGCAUUCACCCCUUUGUGCGAAAUCCCGGUGCAUUAUGUUGGGGCAGGUCGUGUGUGUUUGGCACACGCAGACGGGUUGUUUUCAGCUCUGUCAGCCACCUCCCCCAAGCUUACCAAGUCACCACCUCUGUCAUUUCCCACUACUUGUCGCGCUCUUUUGACGACAUAACCACGUUCGCAGUACAGAAUCAGGAUUCAGGGAUAAAAAUCAAAACCCAUUAAAAUUUGCAACAAAUUGUAUAUCCUUAUGCAACUGCAAUAAGCCUCCAUAAAUUUACUUCCUAGCCGCAAGUUUCAAAGUUGGCAGGACAAGAAAAUCCGCCUGACGCGCGAAGAUGCGCAUGCGCUGAAGUCAGCUAAGACCGAGGGCAGACUCCACGAGUGCAUGUUGGACAGGUGCGUUCAACUUUCCUACCGUAAAAUCCGCUCCCUCAUUUACCAGUCACUCCUUAAAUGCCUUUCUUUACCAAUUGUAUUUUCUCGUUUUAGGCGGGAGAAGAUGAAAUCGGAUCGCUACUGCAAAUAG